AUGGGACCAAUAUCGUUAAAAAUGAUAUCAGUAUACAAUGUUUCCGGACACAAUUACUUCCUCUCCAAUUCUUCCAUGUUAUACGUCAUGACGGCGCAUACUGCUCUUGCAUCAUCUGUUCGUUUUCUUAUGUGGAUCGCAUGUACGUAUCCAGCAAUACGGAAGAAACUUUCAACAGGAACAAAGGCUUCGUUUUUUUCUAAAGGAAGACUCAAAGAGUCACUUGGACGAUGCCGAAGAGAUUCAAAUAGGACCGGAUUCGGACGUAGUGAUCAUCCUACACUACGAAGCAACUUUUUACAGCUGAGUGAUACAAUCAAAAUCCGUAAAGCAGAUUUCAUUACUCGACACAGGGAAAGAUUGCUUUGUCGUGUAAACUGGUGA